GGUGUUUCCAGACAGUCGCCAUCUUAUUUUGAAAAUCAAACUGAACUGGAGGCACAACGACCUUUUCCAUUUCUUCAAGUUUGCUGUUAGAAACGACAAGGGAUGAACAUCUGAAUCACUUUGUUCAAAGCACGAUGCUGAACCUGAUUUUAAACUGAAGGACUGUAACCAGGACCAGGAACCGACAGAAACAAGCUUAUUUGGAAGCAAAUAUUUUUCACACCUUUUGGGGGGGGGGAGCAGAAGUAACCUAUCACUGAAGUGACUAAAGGGGAAUAAUGGUGAUUUUGCGCCGUGCUCGGCCGCCUGCUUCCGCCCCAACCAGCAAUGAAUCUUGACUCGCUUUCGCUGGCUUUGUCUCAAAUCAGCUAUCUGGUGGACAAUUUAACAAAGAAAAAUUACCGAGCUAGCCAGCAGGAAAUACAGCAUAUUGUGAAUCGUCACGGCCCUGAGGCAGACAGGCAUUUACUACGCUGUCUCUUCUCCCAUGUGGAUUUCAGUGGCGAUGGUAAAAGCAGUGGCAAGGACUUUCACCAGACACAGUUUCUGAUCCAGGAGUGUGUGUCGCUGAUAUCAAAGCCAAACUUUAUCUCUACUCUGUGUUAUGCCAUUGACAAUCCCCUGCAUUACCAGAAGAGUUUGAAGCCAUCAGCCCAUUUAUUUACUCAACUGAGUAAAGUUCUUAAACUCAGCAAGGUCCAAGAGGUGAUAUUUGGCCUUGCUUUGCUCAAUUCAAGCAACGCAGACCUGCGAGGUUUUGCUGCACAGUUCAUCAAGCAGAAACUGCCAGACCUGCUACGAUCAUACGUUGACGCAGAUCUCGGAGGAAACCAGGAAGGUGGCUUCCAAGACAUUGCCAUAGAGGUCUUGCACCUACUCCUCUCCCAUCUACUGUUUGGCCAGAAGGGAGCUAGUGGGGUAGGGCAAGAACAAAUUGACGCCUUCCUCAAGACACUUUGCCGAGAUUUCCCCCAGGAGCGCUGUCCUGUGGUGCUCGCACCACUGUUGUACCCUGAAAAACGGGACAUUCUCAUGGACAGGAUUCUGCCAGACUCGGGAGAGUUAGCUAAGACCAUGAUGGAGAGUUCUCUUGCAGAAUUCAUGCAAGAAGUGGGUUAUGGCUUCUGUGCUAGUCUGGAUGAGUGCAGAAACAUCAUACUUCAGUAUGGCGUGAGAGAAGUCAAUGCCUGCCAGGUAGCCAGGGUUCUCGGCAUGAUGGCUCGCACACACUCUGGCCUAGCUGAUGGCAUACCAUUACAGUCCAUCUCUUCCCCAGGAAGUGGGAUCUGGAGUGAUGGGAAAGAUAAGAAUGAUGGAUCGCAGGCACACACGUGGAACGUUGAUGUUCUUAUUGAUGUGGUCAAAGAAGUGAAUCCCAACCUUAAUUUCAAAGAGGUGACAUAUGAACUGGAUCACCCAGGCUUCAUAAUCCGGGACAGUAAAGGCCUCGGCAUAGUGGUGUAUGGCAUUCAGAGAGGUUUGAGCAUGGAGGUCUUUCCUGUCGAUCUUAUCUAUCGGCCAUGGAAGCAUGCAGAGGGACAGCUGUCAUUCAUUCAGCAUUCCUUGAUGAGCCCGGAAGUGUUUUGUUUUGCUGACUACCCAUGUCACACAGUAGCCAUUGACAUCCUUAAGGCUCCUCCAGAGGAUGACAACAGGGAGAUUGCAACCUGGAAAAGUCUGGACCUAGUGGAGAGCCUACUUAGGCUUUCUGAAGUCGGCCAAUAUGAGCAGGUGAAGCAGUUGUUCAGCUUUCCCAUCAAGCACUGUCCUGACAUGUUGGUGCUGGCAUUACUACAGAUCUCCACCUCCUGGCAUACACUGCGACAUGAGCUCAUUUCUACUCUCAUGCCCAUAUUUCUGGGCAACCACCCUAACUCUGCCAUCAUCCUGCACUACGCCUGGCAUGGACAGGGCCAGUCUCCAUCCAUCCGUCAGCUAAUUAUGCAUUCAAUGGCUGAGUGGUACAUGAGAGGGGAACAGUAUGACCAGGCCAAGCUGUCACGUAUCCUUGAUGUGGCCCAAGACUUGAAGUCUCUAUCAAUGCUGCUGAAUGGUACUCCGUUUGCCUUUGUUAUUGACCUUGCUGCACUUGCCUCUCGCCGUGAAUACCUCAAACUUGAUAAAUGGCUGACUGAUAAAAUCAGAGAGCAUGGGGAGCCCUUUAUCCAGGCGUGUGUGACGUUCCUGAAAAGACGUUGCCCAUCCAUUAUGGGUGGUCUGGCUCCAGACAAGGACCAGCCCAAAAGUGCCCAGUUGCCCCCAGAGACUUUAGCAACAAUGCUGGCCUGCCUGCAGUCUUGUGCUGGGAGUGUUUCCCAGGAGCUGUCGGAGACUAUCCUGACCAUGGUUGCUAACUGUAGCAAUGUAAUGAACAAAGCCCGGCAGCCACCACCAGGAGUUAUGCCAAAGGGACGUGCACCCAGCACCAGCAGCCUUGAUGCCAUUUCUCCUGUACAGAUGGAUCCUCUGUCUGCCAUGAGUUCAUUGAACCUGGGGAGCACAGCCACAUCUCAUACUCAAAGCAUGCAGGGUUUUCCUUCCUCAUUGAGUUCAGCAUUCAGCAAUCCCCAGUCCCCAGCAAAGGCAUUCCCACCACUCUCCAACCCCAACACCAGCACACCUUUUGGGGGUAUUGGCAGCCUCUCCUCACAGCUCCCUGGUAUGGACUCUGGUCCUUUGGGCUCAGGCAUCAGUUCUGGUCUUGGUUCUAGCCUGGGAAUGCCUGCUGUUAGCACUGACCCGUUUGGUACAAGGAAGAUGAGCACACCAGGCCUGAAUGCACCUACCUUUCAGCAGACGGACUUUUCUCAGGUAUGGCCUGAGGCAAACCAGCACUUUAGUAAGGAGAUUGAUGAUGAAGCAAACAGUUACUUCCAGCGUAUCUACAACCAUCCACCUCACCCAACUAUGUCGGUUGAUGAGGUGCUGGAGAUGCUACAAAGGUUCAAGGAUUCAACCAUUAAACGGGAACGAGAGGUGUUCAACUGCAUGCUGCGCAACUUGUUUGAGGAGUACCGUUUUUUCCCUCAGUACCCAGACAAGGAACUGCAUAUCACUGCCUGCCUCUUCGGUGGCAUUAUUGAGAAAGGCCUUGUUACUUACAUGGCUCUUGGUUUGGCACUUCGAUAUGUUCUUGAAGCCUUAAGGAAACCUUUCGGAUCCAAAAUGUAUUACUUUGGAAUUGCUGCUGUAGAUAGGUUUAAAAACAGACUUAAAGAUUAUCCCCAGUACUGUCAACAUCUGGGAUCUAUUGGCCACUUCAGGCAGUUCCCUCAUCAUUUACAAGAGUACAUAGAGUAUGGUCAGCAGUCACGAGACCCUCCAGUGAAGAUGCAAGGGUCUAUCACUACCCCUGGUAGCCUUGCUCUGGCACAAGUCCAAGCCCAAUCGCAGCAACCUAGUGGCCCCAAAGCCCCUCAGCCUGGUCAGCCUAGUACUCUAGUUACAACCACAACUACUACAACCACAGCAGCAAAGAGCACCACAAUCACAAGACCCACACCCAGCAGUUUCAAGAAGGAUGUGCCUCCCUCCAUAAACACUACCAACAUUGACACCCUGCUUGUUGCAACUGACCAAACAGAAAGGAUCGUUGAGCCACCAGAGAAUGUCCAGGAGAAGAUUGCUUUUAUAUUUAACAACCUUUCACAGUCCAACAUGACACAGAAGGUUGAGGAGUUGAAAGAGACUGUAAAAGAAGAGUUCAUGCCUUGGGUUUCUCAGUACUUGGUGAUGAAACGUGUUAGCAUUGAACCCAAUUUCCACAGUCUUUAUUCAAACUUUCUGGACACUUUGAAGAACCCUGAGUUUGUCAAGAUGGUCCUCAACGAGACUUACCGGAAUAUUAAGGUUCUCUUGACUUCUGACAAGGCAGCUGCUAAUUUUUCUGAUCGUUCCCUACUUAAAAACCUGGGCCACUGGCUGGGCAUGAUUACACUGGCCAAGAACAAACCCAUCCUUUAUACAGAUCUAGAAGUAAAGUCUCUCCUGCUGGAAGCUUAUGUGAAAGGUCAGCAGGAGCUGCUUUAUGUGGUUCCCUUUGUGGCCAAAGUCUUGGAGUCCAGUCUGCGUAGCAUGGUCUUCAGGCCUCAGAACCCCUGGACCAUGGCCAUCAUGAAUGUUCUUGCCGAACUACAUCAGGAGCAUGACCUCAAGCUGAACCUGAAGUUUGAGAUUGAAGUUUUGUGUAAGAACUUGUCUCUGGACAUCAGUGAGCUAAAGCCAGGAAACCUGCUGAAGGACAAAGAGAAGCUUAAGAGCCUGGAAGAACAGCUGUCUGCACCAAAGAAGGAAACAAAGCCUUCAGAGGAGCUGCUUCCAGUGUCCACAACAGCACCUCCUUCAACCCCUUCUUCUGUUACCACCACCACUUGCACAACCACUGGGCCACCGACACCACAGUUCAGUUAUCAUGACAUCAAUGUGUAUGCGUUAGCUGGUCUAGCCCCACACAUUAAUAUAAACAGCAAUAUCCCGCUACUACAGGCCCAUCCCCAGUUGAAACAGUGUAUACGACAGUCAGUGGAACGGGCUGUCCAGGAGCUGGUGCACCCUGUGGUUGAUCGUUCCAUCAAAAUUGCAAUGACAACUUGUGAGCAGAUCAUCAGGAAGGACUUUGCUCUGGAUUCAGAGGAGUCACGUAUGCGUGUUGCUGCCCACCAUAUGAUGAGGAACUUGACUGCUGGCAUGGCCAUGAUCACCUGCCGUGAGCCACUGCUCAUGAGUAUUGCCACCAACCUUAAGAACAGCUUUGCUACAGCAUUGAGGGCACCAACUCCCCAACAGAGGGAAUUGAUGGAAGAGGCUGCUGCCAGGAUCGCUCAGGACAACUGUGAACUGGCUUGUUGUUUCAUUCAAAAAACAGCUGUAGAGAAGGCAGGCCCUGAAAUGGACAAAAGAUUAGCCACAGAGUUUGAGCUGAGGAAACACGCACGGCAAGAAGGCCGCCGUUACUGUGAUCCUGUGGUUCUGACUUAUCAGGCUGAACGUAUGCCUGAGCAGAUCAGACUCAAGGUGGGAGGAGUUGACCCCAAGCAACUAGCUGUAUAUGAGGAGUUUGCCAGGAAUGUUCCAGGUUUCUUGCCCAGUAAUGACCUCUCUCAACCCACUGGCUUUUUGGCUCAGCCCAUGAAGCAACAGGCAUGGGCUACAGAUGAUGUGGCUCAGAUUUAUGAUAAAUGCAUGGCAGACCUGGAGCAGCACUUACAUGCCAUUCCUCCAGCCCUAUCCCUGAACCCGCUGACCCAAGCCUUGCGCAGCCUACUAGAAGCUGUUGCUCUGGCUCGAAACUCCAGGGAUGGUAUUGCUGCCUUGGGCCUCCUGCAGAAGGCAGUAGAAGGCCUGUUGGAUGCCACGAGUGGGGCUGAUGCUGAGUUGCUACUGCGGUACAGAGAGUGUCACCUCCUGGUACUUAAAGCCCUCCAAGAUGGACGUGCCUAUGGACCACAGUGGUGCAACAAGCAGAUAACCAGGUGUCUCAUUGAGUGCCGAGAUGAGUAUAAGUACAAUGUGGAGGCAGUGGAGCUUCUGAUCAGAAACCAUCUUGUCAAUAUGCAGCAGUAUGACCUCCACUUGGCACAGUCAAUGGAAAAUGGGCUGCACUACAUGGCAGUUGCAUUUGCUAUGCAGUUGGUGAAGUUGCUGCUGGUGGAUGAACGCAGUGUCAGUCAUGUGACAGAGGCUGACCUCUUCCACACUAUUGAGACUUUGAUGAGGACCUGUGCGCACUCCAGAGCUAAUGCACCUGAAGGACUUCCCCAACUGAUGGAUGUUGUUCGCUCCAACUACGAGGCCAUGAUUGACCGGGCGCACGGUGGACCCAACUUCAUGAUGCAUUCUGGAAUUUCACAGGCAUCAGAAUAUGACGAUCCGCCAGGCUUGAGGGAGAAGGCAGAGUACUUGUUGAGGGAGUGGGUUAAUUUGUAUCACUCAGCUGCUGCUGGCAGAGACAGCACCAAAGCCUUCUCUGCCUUUGUUGGCCAGAUGCACCAGCAGGGCAUCCUUAAGACUGAUGACCUGAUCACACGAUUCUUCCGGUUGUGCACAGAAAUGUGUGUGGAAAUAAGCUAUCGUGCACAAGCUGAGCAACAGCACAACCCAGCAGCCAGUGCAGCUAUAAUCAGAGCCAAGUGUUACCACAACCUGGAUGCUUUUGUUAGGCUUAUUGCACUGCUGGUCAAACACUCUGGAGAGGCCACAAACACUGUUACAAAAAUCAACCUCCUCAACAAGGUGUUGGGCAUCGUAGUUGGUGUGUUGAUCCAGGACCACGACGUCCGUCAGACAGAAUUCCAGCAGCUGCCAUACCACCGCAUUUUCAUUAUGCUGUUGUUGGAGCUCAAUGCUCCUGAACAUGUUCUGGAGACAAUUAACUUCCAGACGCUCACUGCCUUCUGCAAUACCUUCCACAUUCUGAGACCCACUAAAGCACCCGGUUUUGUGUAUGCCUGGCUGGAACUCAUCUCCCAUCGUAUCUUUAUUGCCAGGAUGUUGGCACACACGCCACAACAGAAGGGUUGGCCCAUGUAUGCGCAGCUGCUGAUUGAUCUCUUCAAGUACCUGGCACCAUUCCUGCGGAAUGUAGAGCUCAACAAACCUAUGCAAAUCCUGUACAAGGGUACACUGCGAGUGCUCCUGGUCCUGCUGCAUGACUUCCCAGAGUUCCUGUGUGACUAUCACUAUGGUUUCUGUGAUGUCAUUCCCCCCAACUGCAUCCAGCUCCGCAACCUCAUCCUCAGUGCCUUUCCACGCAACAUGAGGCUUCCUGAUCCAUUCACACCCAAUCUCAAGGUGGACAUGCUGAGUGAGAUCAACAUCGCUCCCAGAAUACUCACAAACUUCACAGGGGUUAUGCCUUCUCAAUUCAAGAAGGAUCUAGACUCGUAUCUGAAGACGCGCUCACCAGUCACCUUCCUGUCUGAGCUGCGCAGUAACCUGCAGGUGUCCAAUGAGCCAGGAAACCGUUAUAACAUCCAGUUAAUCAAUGCUCUAGUGUUGUAUGUGGGCACACAGGCAAUUGCUCACAUCCACAACAAGGGCAGCACCCCUUCAAUGAGCACCAUCACCCACUCUGCACACAUGGACAUCUUCCAGAACCUGGCUGUGGACUUGGACACAGAGGGGCGUUAUUUGUUCUUGAAUGCAAUUGCCAAUCAGCUACGAUACCCGAACAGCCACACCCACUACUUCAGCUGCACCAUGCUUUAUCUGUUUGCUGAGGCCAACACCGAGGCCAUCCAGGAGCAGAUCACCAGGGUUCUGUUGGAAAGGCUGAUCGUGAACAGACCUCACCCGUGGGGUCUUCUCAUCACCUUCAUUGAGCUGAUCAAGAAUCCCGCCUUCAAAUUCUGGAGUCACGACUUUGUACACUGUGCCCCUGAGAUCGAAAAGCUGUUCCAGUCGGUAGCACAGUGCUGCAUGGGACAGAAACAGGCCCAGCAGGUGAUGGAAGGAACCGGUGCCAGCUAGCCUGUGCAUCAUCUCGCUCACAGCCUUUGGGAGAGACGCCGCAGCCUUGACCCACUUCCCCACCACACACCUCCCUCUUCACUGUUGGCACUGGAUUAACUGGCAACCACAGUCAUGUUCAGUGUGGAUGAAAGGACUACUGUUCAGUUCUAAAGAGAUACAUUUUUGUUUGGCGCUGACUUGAGAUUGAGAGAUUGGAUUUUGGGACAUGCUGUUUAAUACUUUUUUGAUGCUUUGAUGUAAAUAUUGGAAAAAAGGGAGAACGGGAGAGUACAUAAGUGGAGAGCAAUGUCAAAUGUGUCCUGGCACGUAAAAGACAAACAUUCUCACUCGCUACCAAAGUCCUUGUUUUCGUUUUCUCCCGCAGGUCCUUUUUUCCUCACUUUUUGCUUUCAGAAGCUGACUGGUAGAUGAAGAAAAUCUUCCUGCUUUAUAAUUUGAAUUUUUGUUUUUCCAACCCCACAUGGAGUUGGUGGGUCUUUUUGUUGGUGUGUUGUGGAGACGGUGGUCAGUCUGAACCUGGCCCUGAAAGUCUCUCCCUGGCACUUGUAAAAUUGUGCAAAGUAAGGAUGGUGAUAUCGUAUCUUGACAAUUUGUACAAAGACCCAAAUUGAAGAACAAUAGGACCAAUACAGCUCAUUUUGUAACAUUUUGAUUGUUUUGUAAAUGUAUUGGUCCACGUGUUGUAUUUUGUAGUCCUUUCUAGUUUGCCUUUAGUUCUUGCUACUUGCCGACAUACAGGAAAUAAAGCAUUCAAACUGCA